AUGCGCAUCAUCUCGACGGAUAACUACGAGAGCGACGGCACAGGGACCUUGCUGGUAAGCGGCUUCCCUGACAGCAAAGAUCCGGGGCCAAAGGAGGUCAAGGUUGACAGGGUGGCUUUGUCAGAUGAGAGCAGCAACUUGCGAACUCGGUUCCAUCCACCACUCGAUGGAGAAUGCGUUUCGGAUAUUAACGCCUCGAGGUUGAAAGGCUUGGCUGGGAAAGUCCUCAAACAAACAAAGAUCGUCCUGUCGGAAGAGAAGGAAGCCGAAGUUGACAAGGUGAUUGUCGAAGACCCAGCAGAAGCGCUAAAGCAGCUUGAAUCUAAAUUUGAUGACAUGGCUAUGCUGUUAAAGUGUCCUCACGGAAAUCCUAAGACUAUCUUGGACCGUUUCCGUAAAGAGCUUACAGAGCUGCUAACGAAGCCAGGCUUUAAGACGACGUGCUACCAUGUUCUUGACAUGGCUUAUGAAGAGCAGAUGAAUGAGAGCAAGCCGAUACUGAAGGAACGGAAGAAGCUCCUAAACGAGUGGUGCAAAGUGAUGUUGCUUGCUCAGCAGGAGAACACUGCUUGGCUGUUCGAGGAGGAAAAGGAGGAAGAAGAAGAAGAAGAGAAGGAGGGAAAUAAGGAAGGGUCCGAAAAUACACCAGAAACUGACAAGCCACCAGGGGAGGAAAAGGAUGAUGCAUCACCAGAAGCAGGUGUUGAACUACCAGAUGUGAAAGAACGUAACGUUGCCCUCAAGCUUCUCAAGGACAACCCUGAUUCAUCGCACAUCCGUCUCUGCGCUAACGUAGGUGUGUUCUGCGAGGAGUUGUCGUCACUGCAGGUCUCCUCGGAGGUGAAGCAAGAGACCCGGACUUUAUUCCACGAGCUAACCGAGUUGAAGAACGAGCACGAGAUGUUGAUCCCAGAGCACAUGAAGAAGGUCAUCGCAGAUCUGAUGCAGGAUGCGCAGCCCAAGAGCACCAGCAAGGCCACACCUGAUGGGGACGAGGGCCUCGACUCCGAGAUGUGCCAAGAGCAGGAGCAGGAGCAGGAGCAGCAGAUCGAACAGGGCCCCGACACAGAGCCGGACAACCGCAAGUUCGCCGACAUGGGCGACACUUUGCAAUGGAAGGCUUCGAGCCUCCUUAACGGGCAAGACAGGAAGAAGCUCUUCAGCGACCGGACGAGUUGCCCACCAACCACUGGGGCGAAGCCCGUGGCAACGUUCCACAACAUGAAGGAUUUCACGCCCCAGGGCGGCAAGAUAUCCGGUAAGAGCAUCUGCCCCCUGAAGAUCGACACGAACCUGUACAUCAGCCCCAACUACGCCGAGAAGGAACUGAAGCAGGACGCUGCUGCAGGCGAGCUGAAGCGCCGCCUGCCGAAUGCGAGCGUGCUCCUGUACGUGAAGAACGGGAGGGAGGGCUGCUGGGCGAUCCUGAGCCUGCUCGAGGCGGAGACGCUGCGCGCGUGGAUGCUCGGCGCCGGCGCGCAGGGCGACGCCGCGGCGGCCUCCAUGGGCCUGGUCACCAGCAGCGGCACGUGGCUCACGCAGCCCGUGGGCGAGAAGGAACUGAUCGUUAGCCCCGAGGUGAGGGACCCCCUGAGCGAGGGCAGGGCGCCUCUGAGCGCAGCCGCGCCCCUGGUCUUCACCAGGGCCUUCAACUGGGAGGUCUACUACGACGAGCAGGAGCUCGUGACCCUGAUCACGGUGAUGAGGCCCACCCCGGACGAGGGCGACCGGGCGCGGUGGUUCCAGGCGGUCCGCGACGGCCGCAGGCGGGACCGCAAGGAGGCGAAGCAGACGGUGCUGGAGCAGGCCAUCAAGACCGAGGACCCGAAGAAGCUGGAGAUCAUCCGGAAGGGCAUGAAGGUGAUCCGGCUGCACGUGGAGAAGUUCCCAGACAGCGAGGCCGCCUUCAAGGAGCUCGAUGCCGACGGCAACGGUUCCCUCGACAGGCAGGAGUUCAAGCAGGCGUUCAGCGAUAGCGGCCUCGACCAGGCGGAGCUCAGCAAGAUCUUCAGCCACUUCGACGCCAACGGCGACAGGCAGCUGAACCUGCGCGAGUUCCUGCGCGCCCUCUCCAUGAAGGAGAUGUCCCCGAAGGAGCGCGUGAGGCGGCAGAUGGCGGAGCACGGCGCCGCCACGAGCAGCGGGGCCAGGAGGGCCGCGGUCGCCGAGAGGGACGACAGCAGCGCCACGGCCAUCAAGCUGCUGGGCCACAAGGUGGUGGCGAGGAAGGCGCAGCGCGGCCUUGGCGCGCUCGCGGCCGUGAGCGAGGAAUGCGUGGCCGGGGAGUUCCAGGUCGUCUGCGGUGCUUCCGCAUGCUUCAUCGGCAGUCGCGUGAUCUCCUGCGCCGUCGGGGGUGUCGUCUCCGUCGCGCCCUCGGGGAUUCAGCUGCGGCAGAAGGAUCGCAUGGCGGCCUUCUUCGAGGUGACGUUGAUGGAAGGACCCCCUGGUUCCGCGUGCUCGGUGGGCAUUGCGACGCCCAAGUUCGCGGUGGAAGAGAAGGUGCAGCGCAUUGGCGACGACCAGCACUCGUUUGGCGUGUGUGGCUUCGGGCGCACACCAGCGAAGCUGCAGAAUGGGAGCUCCGAGAUAUUCGACGCUCCCCCGUGGUCCCCAGGCACCGUAUUGGGAGUCUUGGUUGAUCUCUCGAACGAUCAGAAGACCGUUCUCCGGUACUUCGUCAACGGAGUGGAGCUGCGAGAGGCUGAGUUCAGCAGUAUCGAUUUGGGUGGGGAGGAGUACGUGUGCCCAGUCUUCACCGUCGAGUUCGGGGCAAAGUUGUACGUCAAUUGGGGUGACCAGACGCUGCGGUAUAGGCCGCCGACUCUGGACCAACAAGUCUUGACGGUCCACCAGGUGAUAAGCCUGGAGAAGGACGCUCAGGUACGCGAGAAGGACGGCAAAGAGAAUACCGGUAAGAUGCGGAUCGCUGAGGCAAGGAACAACCCAGACUACUGGGCUCAUUUACAGAAGUUUCACGUCGAGGAGGAGUCCGAAGGGAACAUCGCCGUCCGAGUUGAGCUCGCUUACUCCUGGCUGCCCGUCUACCCAGAGCCGUUCUUCCUCCACGGCAUGCUGCUCACCACGGGCAAAUGGUACUACGAGGUGGAGGUCACGGCGCUCACCUCGCGGUUCUUCAAGCUGACCGCGGGCUUCGCAGACCCUCGGUGUGACGGGAAGCCGGAGAGUUGCUACUCCCACUUCUCGGUGGGCAGUACCGAGGGCGGUUGGGGCCUCGACGUGGCCGACACGGAGCUCGCAGGAGACGGCGAGGAGGCCUCCUUCCUCCACAUGGAGGGGAACGACUACGAGGGCCAGAAGGGCGACGUCUACGGCUUCGAGGCCAACCUCGAGGAGGGCUCGAUCACCGUCCACUACCGCGGCGUGAGCGACCCGCCGCCGCGUCUGGGCACGGCGUUCGUCAAGGUCCCCUUCCAGGGGGGGCUGCGCCCGAUGGUCGGCGUGGGCAGGGGGCUGGCCGAGGUGAAGAUCCGGCUGGACCCUCCGGCGCGCCACGUCCCCGAGGGCGCCAGGCCCGUGAUGGACUACGUGCGGCUGGCGCGGCAGGACCCGCUGCGCUCGCCCGGAAGUACAGUCUCGCCCUGCCGCGCUCGUCGCCGCGGCAGGCUCCGGGGGGCCGCUCGGCCCGCUGGAGGGGCCCCGGACGAGGUCAUGAGAAUUCCCGUUGGCAGGGAAUACGCGUGGCUGGAGGGCCCUGGCGCCCCCCUGGUGGGCUUCGAGCCCAGGCCGGCGGCGCAGGAGCCCGAGCCAGAGGACGAGCAGGGCGUCGGGCCGGAGGGCGCGGGGGAGGCCGACGAGCCAGCGCGCAGGGUCAGGAUCGCAGAGCCGGAGCCUCAGGCGGCGGGUUCCUCGGAAGCGCCGGCGCCGAGUGCCCCCCUGGUGAGCCACAAGGGCUUCAACGUCGUGGCGCUCAAGCACCGGCCCGUCGUUCGUGGGACCAGACCUUGCUUCAGCGGCAAUUUCUAUUACGAGGUGAAGAUUUGCCGCAUAUUCGCCCGCACCCCCAGCGAGCUCGCCCAGAUGCUCUACUUCCAGAGGGACCUUGACGAGCAGGAGGUGGCGAAGAGGGGGGGGCCGGCAUCGAUCGGGUGGAGCACCCCGACGUUCUCCGGAGACCACCUGAUGAAGGGUGUCGGCGACGACCGCUUCUCCUGGGGCUACGAGGGCAGCAACCCGAAGAUGCCCGGCUACGGCGUCAUAAAGUUCAACGGCAAGCGUUUUGGGCCAAGGCCAGAGAAUCCUCUUCCGAAGUGGGAAGAGAGAUGUGUCAUCGGCGUCGCGUGCUCCAUCACCGAGAGCAAGGCUGUAAUGCGUUGGACGCUGGACGGCAAGCUUCUGAACGAGGCGGAGGAGGAGGUCGACCUGUCGGUCUACGCGGAGCCUGGCCUCGUGCCCGCGAUUUCGAUGCACGAUGGUCUCCAGGUGCAGGUCAACCUUGGUCCGAACUUCUGGUGUGGCAAGAAGGCUGGCAGCAGCCUGGUUAUCCCGUGGGAGAACUGCGGCCAGCUCUACAAACCCGUCAGCGCGAUCAAGGCAGACGACACCAUCGGCAUGAUGACGCCGCCGUCCAGGGGCCUUCACGCGAAGGGCCUGACGAACCCCCACGUGCCCGACGACGAGGACCAGAAGGGGCGCGCCGACCUGGACGUCGAUGCGCUGCCAACUCUCCGGCCGAGCGUCGAGCAGAUCAUCCUGUGGGCGGGGAGAGAAGAAAAGGCCUGGGGCUCGCAGACCUUCGCGGAGCACCGCGAGAACGGGAAG